AGAGAGAGAGAGAGAGAGAGAUAAUGUCGAAACGCAAAAGAAGAGAAAGACAAAGAAAAAGCUAACUAAAGGGAAAAAAAAGAGAAAGAAAGUGAGAAAAUAAAGAUAAUGAACUUUGCCCUCACACCCAUCUACUUCAUUGCUAGCGUGUGGUGUGUGGCGACGCCCUCUCCUGCCGCCGCGCAGGGUGACUGUCCCAUUGAGAAGGCCAUCCAGACCAUUGGACACCCCUUUCUGGCCAGAGUGAUUCCAUGUGACUACGUCAAGGAGUACCCGCCCCCCACCGAGGACUCCAACCCCGUCUCAGUGAACUUCGCUAUGCUGAUCCAGGACAUAAACUCCAUCAACGCCGCAGACAUGGACUUCAGAGUGGACCUGUUCCUACACAUGACCUGGGUGGACCGUCGCUUGAACCUGAGUCACCUCGCCUCGGGUCAAGCCUUCCACACACUGCCCUCCUACGUCAUCGACCACAUCUGGACCCCUGACCCCUACGUCACCAAUGCCAAGGAUGCUGCCAUCACCAAGCUCACCACAACGUACGCCUCGGUGACACUGUACCGUAACCACACCAUCAAGUACUCAGCCCGCGUGUACAGCACCAUAGCCUGUCAAAUGGAGUUCUAUGGUUAUCCUAUGGACGUGCAGACUUGCGCCAUGAUCAUGCAGAGUUUCAUGUAUUCCUCUAAGGAGGUGGAGUUUGACUGGAGGAAGUGGUCACCCGUCAUGAUCAACCCGGAGCUCAGAUUGCUGCAGUUCUCACUCAAACAGCCACUCAAGAAUUACGUCAACAGGUCCACGGAAGACGAGCUUGGCCAAAAGGUGAUCCAGCUGGUGGUGGAGCUGGAGUUUUCGCGAGAGAUCGGACACCACUUGGUGCAGACGUUCGUGCCGUCCUUCCUGGUGGUGGCGCUGUCCUGGUUCAGCUUCUGGCUGGGGCUGGAAGCAAUACCGGGCCGGGUCACGCUGCUGGUGACCUCCCUGCUCACCAUCACCACGCUCUUCACCGGCAUCAAAGAGGGACUGCCGCCUGUCGCUUAUGUCAAGGCCAUAGACGUGUGGAUGGCUGGCUGCAUGGUGUUCAUCUUUGCCGCCCUGGGAGAGUUCGUGGUGGUGAGGGUGCUGAACGUCAUGCACGCCGCCCAGCGCCUCCACCCCUCAUACCUCCCUCCCAUCCCCAAUUCACCCUCCAUCAGCCCGCCCCAGCCUCCAUCUCCCUCCCCAUCCGUCUCCUCUUCCUCCUUCCUCCUGCCACCCUCCACCACCACGCCAGCAGCGCCCCUGUCCCAGUCCGACAAGUACGACCAGCACCUACGGCGGGUGACCGUCAUCUCCCACGGUAGUCGCGCUAACAACACCGCGCCGACCAACACCAACAACUACAACAAUGGCCUCAUCAGUCACCACAACCACCACCGCGACCACUACACCCGCCACCUCCACCACAACACCAACAGCAGGAACCGCAAGCCUCUGGACGCUAGGGAGAACGGACACGUGGGGCUGAGCGUGGGCGUGGGCAUAGGCAGUAGUGAGGACAGCGGGGGCGGCGGAACACGGCCUGGCUUACGGUCAAACUGGGAUCCUGAGGCUGGGUGGAUGGGUGUGGGUCGUGUGGCGCCACCUACGGGCCGCCCACGCCAGCAGAUUGGGCGGCUGAGUCUGCAGUGGAUCGAUCCAAAGACCGGAGAGAAGAAGAUUUUGUGGAAAGAAAUUGACAAAGCUUCGAGAGUUGUGUUUCCUCUCAUGUUUCUUUUGUUCAUGCUGAUUUACUUUCCCAUCUUGGUGUCCAGGGCCUUUUGAGAGAGAGAGAGAGAGAGAGAGAGAGAGAGAGAGAGAGAGAGAGAGAGAGAGAGAUUUAUGUUCGUAUAGUCAAUGUUGAUUUAUUUCAUAUCUUGGUGUGAGGGCUUUUGAGGUGUGUGUGUGUGUGUGUGUGUGUGUGUGUGUGUGUGUGUGUGUGUGUGUGUGUGUGUGUGUGUGUGUGUGUGUGUGUGUGUGUGUGUGUGUGUGUGUGUGUGUGUGUGUGUGUGUGUGUGUGUGUGUGUGUGUGUGUGUGUGUGUGUGUGUGUGUCCGUGCGUGCUUUGCAACACAUGUACGUUUUAUGUACGUGUUUUAAUCUAUUUUUCAUGGUUGUCGAUCUUGUUGUUGUGCAUAUAUAGUACGUACUGUACGUAAGCAUGUACUACGUGCGUGUGUACUCGUAUAUUGUACGUGCCAGUAUUAUCCACAGUCCGUAUAUAUGUAUGUAUAUGUAUACUGUUCGUGCCACCAUUACCCAGUCCGUAUAUGUAUGUGUAUGUAUACUGUACGUGCCAGCAUUGACCACAGUACACAUUUCUAUGUACAUUUGUAUGUAUAUAGUUGGUAACCGCCUUAAUCACAGUAUACUGCAUAAGCAGUAGUAAUAUAUACAGUACACGAUGACCACUCAUUCAUACUAACGUGCCAGUAAUACAGUAGCACACGUGCACAUGUAUGUGUAUGUGCAUGUAUACUGUGAUAAGUGGCAAUAUAGACCACAGUAUACAUGAGCAGUAUAAGCAGCAACACAAUUCUAUGCAAGACGAGUGUGACGAGAGGAGUAUAAUAAAGAAACACAUAAUUACUAAUAUUACGUCAUAUAGAAUUUAUAUCUAAACAGUAUAGUUAGGUUGUAUAUAGGCAUAGCGAGGCAUUUCCUCAGAUCUAACGAUACUUCUGCCAUUAAGAGCGUUACUAGAGCCUUAGCUGUCUUUUCCUAGCACUGCAUUACUACUGGUAUGGUUAAGCUGUUUUGUAUCAUUCUUCAGGCCAGUCAUCGAUACAGAUGCGGCAGUCACGGGUCAAGAGGUUAGAGCCAGCACUCAAGGGAUUUUUCUUUAAUCUUUCUUUCUUUUCUUUUUUUUUUUUUUUUUUUUUGUCCUUGUUUGGUUCUCUUCCCUUCAUAAAAAAAAAAAAAAGUAAGCUGUCUCAUCUACGCGUUACGUUGUACUCUUUAAGAUUCCCACUGUUCCUUUCAGCCUUUAGUCCUGCUGUAUAACUAGAUCUCUGGUGGAGUACAGCACAUCAUGAGCCGAUCAUUAGACAUCACGCUGAGGGAAGACUCUUACCACUGAGACGGUGAGUGUCAGGUGGUGCUUGACACUCAUCCAGCGGGGCAAGACUGUCAGGGAAGUGGGAGCAAUAUACAAGUAGCACUGCGCGCACGCGCACACACACACACACACACACACACACACACACACACACACACACACA